AUGCCGGAAGAAACGACGUCGAUCGACUACGUGAUGGAGGCUGCAUCUGGGCCCCACUUCUCCGGCCUGAGACUCGACGGCCGGGUCCCGUCCUCCGCCACCGCCGCGUCCUCCACUCCCGAUUCAACCCUAACCCUCGAUUCCCUUCCCAAUCAACCCUUCGUCAUAGGAGUUUCUGGAGGUACUGCCUCGGGCAAAACCACCGUCUGCGAUAUGAUCAUUCAGCAACUCCACGAUCACCGCGUUGUCCUCGUAAAUCAGGACUCGUUUUAUCGCGGGUUGAAUCCUGAAGAGUUGGAACGUGUUCACGAGUACAAUUUCGACCACCCUGAUGCUUUUGACACGGAGCAGUUGUUAGAGUGCACGAGGAAGCUCAUCAGUGGCCAGGGAGUGCAUGUUCCCAUUUAUGACUUCAAGAAGCACCAACGCUCUUCCGAUAGUUUUCGCCAGGUGAAUGCCUCUGAUGUGAUUAUAUUGGAGGGGAUUCUUGUGUUCCAUGAUCAGCGCGUGCGGGAUCUGAUGAACAUGAAGAUCUUUGUUGACGCAGAUGCUGAUGUGAGACUUGCUCGUAGAAUUAGGCGUGACACAGUGGAGAGGGGCAGGGAUAUAAACUCUGUUCUUGAACAGUAUGCAAAAUUUGUUAAGCCUGCAUUUGAUGAUUUUGUUCUACCAUCAAAAAAGUAUGCUGAUGUGAUCAUUCCUCGUGGAGGUGAUAAUCAUGUUGCCAUUGAUUUGAUUGUGCAACAUAUCCGUACAAAGCUCGGCCAACAUGAUCUAUGCAAAAUAUAUCCAAAUGUCUAUGUUAUUCAGUCUACAUUCCAGAUCAGGGGAAUGCAUACGUUGAUUCGUGACCGAGACAUAUCAAAGCAUGAUUUUGUAUUUUAUUCAGAUCGACUUAUACGCCUGGUUGUUGAGCAUGGUCUAGGUCAUCUGCCUUUCACCGAAAAGCAAGUGGUUACUCCCACAGGAUCUGUUUAUACUGGAGUUGAUUUCUGCAAAAAAUUGUGUGGUGUUUCAAUUGUUCGAAGUGGUGAGAGCAUGGAAAAUGCACUUCGUGCAUGUUGCAAAGGCAUUAAAAUUGGUAAAAUUCUGAUUCACCGGGAUGGAGACAAUGGAAAACAGCUUAUAUAUGAGAAGCUCCCCAAGGAUAUUUCAGAACGGCAUGUCUUGCUUCUUGACCCUGUCCUGGCCACAGGUAACUCUGCCAACCAAGCCAUUGAAUUACUCAUUCAGAAAGGAGUACCAGAAAGUCACAUUAUAUUCCUGAAUCUCAUUUCUGCUCCUGAGGGAAUCCAUUGCGUGUGCAAAAGGUUUCCAUCAUUGAAGAUUGUCACAUCUGAGAUUGACAUUGAAAUAAAUGAAGAGUAUCGUGUUAUCCCUGGAUUGGGGGAAUUUGGUGAUCGAUACUUCGGCACCGAUGAUUAGUGUGUCUUAAAGUGGAUACACCUCUUAGGUAGCAGCUGCCUUGAUUAAGAAUAUGAGAAGCAGCUGGCUACAUUGUAUUGAGAUACUAAAGAUUCAGCAAAAAUCAGCAUGAUUGUGAUUUGAGGCCAGGCAGAUUGCAAUAAUCAAUGCAAACCUACUCCAACGUUGAUUUGCAUGAAUGAUUGUCAUAUCGAAUGUAGAGAUCAUUCUUAGCAAGAUGAUGAUACCACACACAAUUCACAAUUCUACCAAUCUUGUUCUCCAAAGUUUGUUAUGUGGAAAAUAUUUCCUAGUUAUCAAUGCAAUCUAUAACUAACCAGAUCAAUCGUCAAUAUAUGCAAACUGUGUUAAUAGUGUUAUUGUAUUUCA